AUGCCGGCCUGCUCGUCCCGCGCCGCUGCCGGCCUCGCCUCCGCCGCUCCCGCGUACGUGGAACCGCGCGUUCAAUGUCACCUGGUCCGCGCGUGUCGCAGAGGCGCGGACCGCCCCUCCGCCUCUCCUUUUGGCCGCUACGCGCGGUCGUGUGCCUGUUUGGGUUCGGCACACAACCGUAACCCUAACCACUCCAUUCCAUGCCUGACUGCGCGCCACUGCCACGUGCCACUGCGAGCGUACCUCCGCGUUCUGCCGUUUCCUUCGUUCUCACGCUUCCUUCUCCCUUCGUUCCGCUCCCCCAUUCCUGUCCGCGCUGCCUCCCUCUCCCCCCGCCCGCGCCAGCAGCGCAUUGGCGGGCGACGAUCGCAACGCGUGCGCGGCGGAGUUGCUGCGAUUCCUGGAGGAGAGCAGCGCCCUCCCCCGCCCACCCCCCACGCGCCCCUGUCGCACGUGCCGGUGCCCAUCCCCAUGCCCGAUCCCUCCUCUGUGCCCAUCCCCACCGUCUCCUCCUCCUCCGCCCUCGCUGCCUCGCCCUCCGCCCUCGCCCCCUCGCUGCCCUCGCUGCCCUCCCUCCCUUCCCUCGCCUCGCUCUCCUCGCUUCUGCCUGAUUCUCUGGAGGGAGCGCGGGGAGAUGCGUGGGGGGAAGGCGGCGGGGUUGGGGGGAAUGGCGGUGCAAGGGGAGGAGAGGCCGUGGCAGGGGCAGGGGGAGGAGAAGGCGAGGGGGGGCGUGGGGGAGCGGGAGUGGCUGGGCGGGCAGCAGCAGGCGAGGCAGGGUGGAGUGGGUGGGGCGGUGGGGGAGGAGGUGCUGAAGGGGGUGCAGUGGCAGUGGGGGCUGUGGGGAGGGGCGGGGAGGCGGGGGAGUGGGUGGCGAGGCACGUGUGGGAGGGGAGGCGGGCGGAGGAGGAGGAGGGGCGGAGGCGGGGCGAGCUGGCAGCAGCGGCAGCGCGGGCACAUGAGGAGUGCGUGCUGGAGGAGGCUGAUGGCAUCUGGGCCAACCGUCGCCUGCUCGCUGCAGCUUACCCUACCGCCACCACCACUGCUGCUGCUGCUGCUGCUGCUGCUGCUGCUGGCGGCACUGGCAGCACAGAGGCAGGCACGGGGGCCGCAUGGAGGGAGAUGGGGGCGGGUGAGGAGGGCGGGGCGGAGGGUGGAGAUGCAUGGAGGGUGCGGGCGGGGGGCAGCAGCCAGUGGGACUACGUGCUGCAGGAGAUGGCAUGGCUCGCCCACGACUUCCAACAGGGCGCGGGGAGAAAAGCGAGGGUGCAAGUGGAGGUGGCAGAAGGAGGGGCUGGGAGAGGGGCAGCGGAAAAAGGGGCAGAGCGGGGACGGGCGGAGGGGGAAGGGGGCAUGGAGGGAGGGGCAGAAGUGGGAGGGGACGCAGAGAGAGGGCUGAGUGCACCGGUGACGCCAGAGAGGGAGGAGGGCCGAGGGGCGGACAUGAGCUGCAGUGACUGGUGGUCGUGGGUGGACCAGGCGCCACUCACCUUCCCCAUGUCGCAGCAUGCCACCACGGCUCUCGCGCUCUACCUCAUGCCGCCCCUCCACUCCGCCCCUGACCAUAUGACACUCCCCCCUGCCUCUUCCCCCGACCCAUUCCCCCUCCUCCCAGACUUUCUCCUCUCCCCCUCCCCCUCUCACCCCCUUCCCUCACUCCAUCCGUCCCCCUCCCCACACCUCGCAUCCCAUUCCCAUCCCUCUAUCUCCAUCCACCCUCCCUCCGCCUCACCCCCCCCUGCUGCCACCGCCCCCUCUGCUGGGAGGCCUACUUCGUUUUUGGAUGGCCUAGUGGGGAUGGGCGGGGGGGCAGGGGUACCUGUGAAGGAAGAGGGGUAUUUUGGGGCAGAAGCAGCAGCAGGGGGUGUGAGUGCGGCGGGGCACAAGGGGCAACAGGGAGUGGCGAGGCAGCAGGGGAAGAAGCAGGUGCCGGUGAGGCAGCGGCCCCUCACACACCUGCAGCAGCGCAAGGAGGGCGAGACAGGGGGAGAGGGGUUGCGUGGGGAGAGAGAGGGGGUGGCGGAGGGGUGGAUUGAGGUGAGGGGGAGCGAUGGGGACUCUGGUGAGGCGAGUGCGAGGCCAGUGGCGGGGCAGCAGCAGGCAGGGCAGGCGGCAGGGGGUGCAGGGCAGCAUGGGUCAAUGGCAGGAGAUGGGGAGGGUGGGGAGAAAGGUGGGCAAGUAGGGAGUACAGGCGUGGGCAGAGGGGGGUUGGGCAGAGGAGGGCUGGGCAGAGGGCAAGGUAUGAAAGGUAUGGGGGCAAAGGGAGGGGGCGAGGGGCGAGGACGUGGAGCAGGGGCAGGGAGGGGCCUGGGUGGGACGAAGGUGGGUGGCAUGGGGAGGGGGGGCAAGGGGAAGCAGCAGGGGGAGGGGCGCGGGCAGAAGGGGAAGGCAUUGGGAGUGGGGGAGAGAGGGGGCGCUGAUGCUGAAGGGGAAGGGGCGUUGCAGCAGGGCGCAUUGGGUGGGAAGCAAGGGCAGGGGGUGGGUGCAAGGGAGGUUGCAUCAGCCGCAGGAGCAGCAGGGGGAGGGGCAGGGAAGGCGGGCAGCAAGGAUGGUGGCAUGUUGGCUGCGUCUGCCUCCGCUGACCGCUCUUCCCAUGACGUGGCGGGUGGGAGAGGCGAGGGAGAGGUGGAGGGGGGCGCGGAGCAGCAACGCAUGGGUAGUGGGGGUGAGGGAGGCAUUGUGUGCAGCCCAGCAGUGGGAGCAGCGACGGCAACAACAGCAGCAGGGGAUGCUGCUGCUGUGGCUGGCAAGUCUGCUGCAAUAACAACCCCCCUGUACCCGCACACCCACGUGCUUGCUGGGGCGAGGAAGCAGGGGCAGGCAGAGGGGGGUGAAGUGGGGAGGGUGGAGACGGAUGGGAGGGAUGGGGAGGCGUGGGCGGAAGGCAUGGGGCGGGCUGGGGGCGAGGUGGGCGGGAGGAGGGACGUGGUGGCGAGUGGCAUGGGCAGGGAGGUGAAGAAGAAAGGCAGCAAGCGACAGUCGUCCCCCCACCAUCUGCCCUCACCUCCAGGAGCGCAUGCCCUGCCGCUCGCCGCCACACCCUUGCAAGCAGAGGCAGCAGGCGCUUUGCCUCUGCCGCCCGCCCACGGGGACGUGCUGGGCGGGUCCCCAGGCAGCACUGACCUCGCUGCUGCACGCGCACCUGGCAGCGACGCGGCUGAUGAUGCUGAUGGAGCUGAUGACGCCCUGCCAUGGUCUCCCAUGGAGGAGCAGGUGCUGGUGGCAGUGGUGAGCGACCUGGGCACCAACUGGCGCCUGGUCACAGAUGUGCUGCUCUCCAUCACACACCUCACUGGCGUGUAUCGCAGUCCCAGUCAGUGUGAGCGCCGGCACACCGCCCUCCUCUCCUCGCCUCCCAUACCCUCCUCCACGCCCUCCAAGGAGGCGGGACGUGGCGGGGGACAGUGGGUGGGGGGCGAGGAGGACGUGCUGAGGGAGCAUCGCCACGCGUUGGAGGCACAGGAGUUGAAGCAGCAGGUGCAGCCACACGCCUCGCACCUCCUCGUCCUCUCCAACGUCGCUGCCUCCUCGCCCUCCGCUCCCAUGCCGCCCAGCCCCUUGGAUCUCAGCAGCAGCCCCCCGCUCCCACCAGUCGACGCACCCACGCUCGCUCCCACUACUGCUGCUGCUGCCACACAUGCCGCCUUGGGAGCCACACAUGCCGCCUUGGGAGCCACACUGCCAGCAGCUGUCACCACCACUGCGACAGCAGCAGGGGCAGCAGCAGCAGCAGCAGGGGCUGGCAGUGGUGCUGCAGAGGGGGCGAGCGGUGCAGCAGUGGCAACAGCAGCAUCUGGGAACCACGUCUCAGCAUCAACCCAAUCCCAGGCCCACAUGGCCCCUCACUCGCUCUCCUCUCACACUUCCCUCCCAUCAUUGCCACACUUCCCCUCCUUCUCCCCUACGCUCCCUCACCCCGCCUUCCAAUCCCCUUCACCUUCUCCCCACACCCCUCCCCUCCCCAGGAGACCCACUCCCCCUCCCACUCUCCCACUCCCCCACUCCAUGCCCAUUGCCUCCUCGCCCUCACUCUCCACCACCACCCCUCCUCCUGUCACGGGACCCAUCCCCCAAGCCUCCCCCGCCCCCAUGCAAGUCUCUCCUGUUGCCACUGCUUCUUCUGCCAUACCCUCAUCCGCACCUGCUGCAUUGACUCCUGCACGCACAGGCACUGCCACUGCACACUCUGCUUCUCCCUCCGCCCCGCUGCCACCUGCUGCCUCCGCCUCCGCCCUCCAUGCGUCUUCCACUCUCCACACUGCAUCUGCUGCAGCCGCUCCCAUUGCCGCUGCUCCGUAUGGUAACCAGACGGCCAUGGGAAUUGGUAAUCAGACGGCCGUGGGACAUGGUAACCAGAUGGCCAUGGCACAUGGUAACCAGACGGCCGUAGCACAUGGAAACCAGACGGCCGUGGCACAUGGUAACCAGACGGGCAUGGCACAUGGUAACCAGACGGGCAUGGCACAUGGUAACCAGACGGGCAUGGCACACAGUCAUGGUGGGAGCAUGACACAAGCCUCCAUGCAUGGCCAUGGCCGCUCGUCUCCCCAUGGGGUGCCUCAUGCCUAUCAGUCAGCUCUGCCAUUCCCCAACUCCCCUGCACAUGUGCACCCACAUGCCUCUGCUCUUCCCCAUUCGUCCACACCCCACGCGCCCCUCACCGCAACCACCCCGUCACAUGCCCCCCCAAGGGCACCUGCUGCUGCAGGCGGGGCCAAGGGACUGGCAGCGUCCGUGGGGGGCGCAGGGGGUCGCAUCGCCGGUGGCAGUGCAGGUCGGGGGGGUGGUGGGAAUGUGCAGGGGGGCAGGGGAAGGGGUGCGGAGGUGGCAGGGAUUGAAUCGCCGGGCAGCAAAGCGGCAGCGCCUCUCAGGUAUGAUAUGAGUCCAUGGUUUUCCCUGUCAUAG